AUGGCUCUCAACAAGAUGGUUUUGGGCAGGAGCACGGAGGCCACAGCUCCCGAUGCCUUGAGGGCCGUUUUUGCAGAAUUCAGUGCAACGUUUCUCUUUGUGUUCAUCGGUGUCGGGUCAUGCAUCGCGCAUUCUGCUGGCUUGGUCUGUAUCGCUAUCGCCCACGGUUUAGCUAUUGCCGUCACGGUGGCUGCCACUGCCAACAUCUCAGGAGGACAUGUCAAUCCUGCUGUCACCUUCGGUCUUGCAGUCGGCGGUUACAUCACCGUCGUCCGUGCUGCUUUCUACUGGAUUGUUCAGCUUCUCGGCGCCACUCUCGCUGCUUACCUUCUCAAGGCCAUCGUUCUCACCACUGGACUGAGCAUGCCGAUUCACGGUUUGGGAGCCGGCGUCAGCAUCACAGGUGGACUUAUUCUUGAGACUGUGCUCACCUUCGCUUUGGCGUUCGUCGUCUACGCCACCGCUGUGGACGGUAAGAGGGGACAGAUCGGAAUUAUUGCACCGCUGGCCAUCGGAUUCACAGUGUUGGCCGACCACUUCAACGGUGUGCCUUUCACAGGAGCAUCCAUGAACCCAGCUCGCUCUUUUGGACCUGCAUUGGCGGCCAUGGACUUCCACAACCACUGGAUCUAUUGGGUCGGUCCUCUGCUCGGAGGAGGUAUCGCUGGUAUCAUCUACGAUGGAGUAUUCAUGACUGCCGAGUCUGAUAUCCGUACGGAUAACGAGGUUUAUGCGGCUGUGCCUCUGUAA